AUGGCUGACCUCAGUCUUGCAGAUGCAUUGACAGACCCACCUCCAGAAAUUGAGGAAGAGAUAAAACGGGACUUCAUUGCCACACUGGAGGCAGAGGCCUUUGAUGAUGUUGUGGGAGAAACUGUUGGAAAAACAGACUAUAUUCCUCUACUGGAUGUUGAUGAGAAAACCGGCAAUUCGGAGUCGAAGAAGAAACCAUGCUCAGAUACUAGCCAGGUUGAAGGUACGCCAUCCUCUAAAGCAACAGGGCUAGCCAACGGUGAUCAUGGAAUGGAAGGGAAUGAUACUGCGGGGUCUCCAACUCCAUUCCUUGACGAGAAAAUGACCUUCCAAGGAUAUCAGAACAUCCAGAACUGGCCAGAAAAUACAAACUUCUGCUUCGAACCUGAACAGUUGGUGAAUCCUACCCAGACUGAUCCCUUUAAGAUGCAUCAUGAUGAUGGCCUGGAAGAUUUUCUCUUUCUCCCCAGUGGAACAACCAAUGCUUCAGCAUUUACAGAACAAAAUGAUCCCCUGCAAGACAGUUACGGUCUGUUUCCCCGUGACACAUUUGCUCCUGCAAAUGUUGUGCCUCAGGAGUGGCCUGUGGAAGCCCCAAACUCUCCACACCCGGAAUCCUUCAUUUCCCCGAUGGCUGUGACACAGCCUCUGCAGCCCACGGCAGAGCCACCUGAAGAAGUAGAAGUGAAGAAGGGAGCAGAAGAGAGGGCACCAACAGAAGCAUUGGAAAUCAUGAUGGGACUGAAGGCUGAUGACAUGGCACCAUCUAGAGAAACAGAGAUGUCUCCAGCCAAGGACAUGGCACCAGCCACAGAAACAGAGGUGGCAUUGGCUAAAGACAUGGAACCUUCUAUCAAAUCAGAUGUGACACUGGCUAAGAACAUGGAAUCAUCUAUGGAAUCAGAUAUGGUCCUAGUCAAGGACAUGGUACUACCCAAAGAAACAGAAGAAGCCCCGGUGAAGGAUGCUGUUUUGUCCACAGAAACAGAUGUAUCUUUAGCCAAGGAUAUGGUAUUGCCCACAGACACAGAGGUAGCCCCAGCUAAGGAUGCGAUACCAUUCAAAGAAACGGAGAGGGCACCACCUAUAAAAAUGGAUUUGUCCCCAGAUGAGGGCAUGGUAGCACCCACAGACAGACAGAUGACCCCAGCCAAGGGUGUGGAAUCCCUCUCAGAUAUAGAAAUGGCACUGGCUAAGGACGUUGUGUCACCCACAGAAAUAUCCUCAGCCAAAGAGGCAGCCUUGUCCUCAGAAACAGAGGUGGCCCUGACUGGGGAUAUGGCACUGCCCCCAGAAACCAAGAUUUUCUUGACCAAGGAUGAGGCACUGCCCCCAGAAAUGGAAGUGGCCCCAGUCAAGGAUAUGGCUCCACAUCCAGAUACAGAAAAGGCCCCAGUGAAAGACAUGGCUCCGUCCCCAGAAACAGAGGUACCCCUGGGCAAGGAUGUGCUUCUACCCCAAGAAACAGAUGUGGCCCUGGGGAAGGACCUGGCUUCACCUGUAGAAACAGAGAUGGCCCUGGGCAAGAACGUGGCUAUGCCCCCAGAAACAGAAGUAACCCUGAUCAAGAAUGUGCCUCAGCCUCCAGAAACAGAGAUCGCUCUGGCUAAGGAUAUGGCUCUGCCCCCUGGGACAGAGGUCACCCUGGCCAACAAUGUGAGUCCAGCCAAGGAUGUUGCACCACUCUCAGAAACGGAGGUGGCAGCUGUUCCAGCUAAGGACAUGGAAAUUGCGCAGACACAGGAAGAAGUACGUGAGGAGGCCCAGUUAAAAUCUCUCCGGGAUGAGGGGCCAUCAGCUGCAUCUACUUUUAUCAUUUCACCAGAACCAGUGACAGCUGUGGGUCAGAAGUACAACGUGCCAACAGAUGAGGAUUCUGUGUUAGAGAAACAAGACCAGAAGAAACCUGUCAGUAGUCAGCCUUCUGAACUUUCUUCAGAGAGCUCAGGAAUAAGUAAGCCUGAAGAAGGACGGCCUGCUGGGAGUGUGACCGGAAAUGACAUCACUGCCCCUCCAAACAAGGAGCUCCCACCAAGCCCAGAGAAGAAAACAAAGCCUUUGGCCACCACUCAACCUGCAAAGACUUCAACAUCGAAAGCCAAAACUCAGCCCACUCCUCUCCCCAAGCAGCCGGCUCCCGCCACCUUUGGUGGGUCGAAUAAAAAACCCAUGAGCCUCGCUGCGGGCUUAGUGCCGGCUGCCCCGCCCAAACGCCCUGCCGCCACCACUGCCAGGCCUUCCACCUUACCUUCAAAAGACGCAAAACCUAAGCCUGUUGCAGAGGCGAAGAUUCCUGAGAAGCGGGCCUCCCCAUCCAAGCCGGCCUCUGCCCCAGCGCUCAGGCCUGGCGCCAAGAGCACCCAGACUGUUCCAAAAGCCACAGCAGCUGCCACUCCUGCCUCAGCUGGGCCAAGCAGCAGGAGCCCCCCCACACCUGUGCCCAAGAGGCCCACCACCAUCAAGACUGAGGGAAAGCCUGCAGACAUGAAGAAGACGGCCACGAAGUCUGCACCAGCUGACCUGAGUCGCCCCAAGAGCACCUCCACCACUUCAGUGAAGAAGAACACCACUGUCCCUGGGGCAGCCCCCGCAGCAGGGGUGGCCCCCGGCCGAGCCAAGCCCACACCCACCCCUCCUCGGCCCUCUGGGACUCCUUCCUCGGACAAGAAGCCCACGUCAGCCAAGCCCGGCUCCUCUGCACCGAAGCCUAGCCGCUUGUCUACCAACGCUUCCACCCCUGAUCUGAAGAACGUCCGCUCCAAGGUUGGCUCCACGGAAAACAUCAAGCAUCAGCCUGGAGGAGGCCGGGCCAAAAUAGAGAAAAAAACAGAGGCAGCUGCUACAGCUCGAAAGCCUGAACCUAAUGCAGUCACUAAAACAGCCGGUCCAAUUGCGAGUGCGCAGAAACCACCUGCUGGGAAAGUCCAGAUAGUCUCCAAAAAAGUGAGCUACAGCCAUAUUCAGUCCAAGUGUGGUUCCAAGGACAAUAUUAAGCAUGUCCCUGGAGGUGGUAAUGUUCAGAUUCAGAAUAAGAAAGUGGACAUCUCUAAGGUCUCCUCCAAGUGUGGGUCCAAGGCUAACAUCAAGCACAAACCUGGUGGAGGAGAUGUCAAGAUUGAAAGUCAAAAGUUGAACUUCAAGGAGAAGGCCCAGGCGAAGGUGGGAUCCCUCGAUAAUGUGGGACACCUGCCUGCAGGAGGUGCCGUGAAGACUGAGGGCGGUGGCAGCGAGGCCCCUCCGUGUCCGGGCCCCCCCGCUGGGGAGGAGCUGGCCAGCCCUGAGGCAGCGCCCGAAGCUGGCGCCCCCACUUCAGCCAGUGGCCUCAGUGGCCACCCCACCCUGGCAGGGGGUGGUGACCAAAGGGAGGCCCAGACCUUGGACAGCCAGAUCCAGGAGACAACUCCCUUGAAGUGUCCCCCAAGCCAGAGAAGCGGAGAAGGCUGCCCUGACAGCUGGGGACCAGAGGCCCCUGUGAGCUGUUACUACCUGCAGCCGUUUGGGGGUGUGACAUUUCUGUACUUCCGGUUUGCUUAUGGCUCAGCUAUUGCCUGUGUCAAUCUGUGA